UUCUUCUCCUCUUUUUUAUUUACUUCCAUAGCUCUGAUUAUGUCUAUGCUUUAUUUCUCAAUCUCCAAAAGAAGUUCACUACCUAUUCAAAAAUUUGUACAAGAACAAGAAGAAGAAGAAGAUCAGAAAGAACUGACCUUUUUUUCUGAUCACUUGAAAUCGUCGUCGGCGUCAGCUCCAACGACCAGAGACUUGCUGUCGGAAAGUGAAUGUGCCGAUGAUAAUUUCACGACCACCGAGGAAUCUGAAGUGGAGUGGCCGUACUUUGACCAUCGGUUCUAUAAAGCCAGAAGCCCGCAUCGGUCUGAUGACGGUUCGAUUUCCGACGAGGAAAGUUUGAUUGAAAUCGCUCUCCCGACCGGACAUUACGUCAGCCGUAAGUUUGAUGACGUCGACGAGGACGAGGACGAGGACGACACGCCGUUUCGUUACCAGAAACUGUCGGAUUUUCAAAAGAAGAAUCUUGUGGAGGUGUUGGCUGAAAUUAACGACAUCAAUGAGGAGGAGAAUUUGAUCGAGAUCGACAUAUCGAUGGGCUCCAUUAAAUAUUCAAGGUUCGAAAUUGAAGCUUAAAGCAAAAAUUAAAUACACAAAAUAAUAAUAAUAAAAAAAAAAAGGAGAUUUACUGUAAAUUGGUUUUUCAUUUUUCUUUUA